UGUAAAUUCAUUUUAAAAAUUCCACAAUAUAAGUUAUUUAUACCUACAAUUAUUAAUACAGAGUCUAGAAAUGUAUGAGUCUUUCACACAUACUUUUCAACGUGUAAUCCGUACGGACGCGAUUUCUUCUGUUUUCUUUUGUGUUGAAACACGAUUUCUUCUCUUCUUUCUCCUUAUCUUUUAAGGAAUGGCGUAACGUUUUGUGUCUUUUUCCAUCUUAAUCUGCUUUCUCGACAAAGAAAAGCAGAGAAAGAGAGACUUGUUAUACUAAACUCAAUCUCUGGCUUUUAGUUUUGUUGUCUCUCUCCUUCAGUUUCCAGGAAAAAAUCUCUUUCUCAUUAAGCUGUUAUAUAGAUCUGUGUUCAUACUCUUCUUCCACAAUCUAACCCAAAAAAAAAAAAACUUUAUUUCUCUCUACAAAUUUCAUUUGUUCCAUUUUCUCAAUUUUAGAACUUAAGAAACCCAAAAAGCAAAUUUUUAGUACAUUUUCUGGUUUAACUAAAGUAAUUAAUUUUUGUGUUUUCCAUCAAAAUUCCACUGGUUUUCUUUAGAAUUUUUUUAUCUCUCUUUAAGACAUGAACUGUCUGUUCUUGUUCAAAUCAAAGAAACCCAGAAAGCAACAGAAAGACAACAACAAGAACAAAAGAAAAGGUAAAGAGUUGUUACAAAACUCAGCUCCAGAACUGACGAAUCGGAGUGAAACGUCUUCGUUUAAUCUCCAGACACCAAGAUCGUUGCCUUCUCCAAGAAGUAUCAAAGAUUUGUAUACAGAGAGAGAACAAAAUCUUAGGGUUUUUUCUUACGAAGAACUCAGUAAAGCCACUUAUGUGUUUAGCAGAAAGCUUGUGAUCGGUGAAGGUGGAUUUGGUAUUGUUUAUAAAGGAAAGAUUCUCAGCAAUGGAGAUUCUUCUGAUCCUCCACUUGUCGUUGCCAUCAAGAAACUCAAUCGACAAGGUUUACAGGGUCACAAGCAAUGGCUAGCAGAGGUUCAGUUUCUUGGAGUAGUGAAUCAUCCGAACGUUGUGAAGCUCAUAGGUUAUUGCUCGGAAGACGGCGAGACCGGGAUCGAGAGGCUUUUGGUUUAUGAGUACAUGUCGAAUCGAAGUUUAGAAGACCAUCUCUUCCCUCGUCGAUCACACACAUUACCGUGGAAAAAAAGACUCGAGAUCAUGCUUGGUGCUGCUGAAGGAUUGACUUAUUUACAUGAUCUUAAGGUGAUAUAUAGAGAUUUCAAAUCCUCUAAUGUGCUUUUAGACGAUCAAUUCUGUCCAAAAUUAUCGGACUUUGGGCUUGCCAGAGAAGGACCUGAUGGCGACAAUACUCAUGUCACUACCGCAAGAGUUGGAACACACGGCUAUGCGGCUCCGGAAUACGUGCAAACAGGUCAUCUUCGGUUAAAGAGCGACGUCUAUAGCUUCGGUGUUGUGCUCUACGAGAUCAUAACCGGACGCAGAACCAUUGAGAGGAACAAGCCAGUGGCUGAACGAAGGCUAUUGGAUUGGGUCAAAGAGUAUCCUGCUGAUAGUCAACGUUUCAGCAUGAUCGUUGACCCUCGGUUACGCAACAAUUAUCCAGCUGCUGGAGCUAGGAGUUUGGCUAAAUUGGCUGAUCUUUGCCUGAAAAAGAACGAUAAAGAGCGACCUACGAUGGAAAUUGUAGUGGAAAGAUUGAAAAAGAUUAUCGAAGAAUCGGAUAGUGAAGAUUAUCCGAUGGCUACGACUACGACCAAGGAAAGUAGUCAGGUAAGGAGGAGACAAGUUGCAAAACCUGAGAAACAAAGUUUGAGAGGGGUUAGUGUCAGAGGAUGAUUUUGAGUUUAGAAGUUUUUUUGCAAGUUUAUAUAUUAUAAAUAAGUUUAUGCAAUUUGUUGGUUUAUUGUGAGAUUAGUAGAGAAAAUGUAUCUUAUUGUGUGUUUUGUAAAUAAAAUUCAAUACGGUGAAUGAGAAUCAUUGAGAUCAAGUUUUAUGAGAGUGUUUUGAUGUUGAUAGCGUAACGUUUUAGCCAAAGUUUUCUAUGUACGAAUGCA